CCCGCUGCUAACCCCAACCGAUUUUCUAACCCAACCGCGCCUCAUUAUACCCAAAAUCAAGUAUCUUAGAAACCCGCCAAAGGAGAAAGCAGAGCGCGCGAAACUCUUCCCUAAUCUACCGUGGCCCAAUCUGUGACCGUGGAGUCUCGUGCAUGUCCAUCCAGCCCUCUCCCUCCUGCCGUCGACCCUGUCCGGAAUCAGAUCCGCAGUUCAGCUCUUCAUCGCGCGAACACAUAAGGGGCAGAGGCACGAAACACAUCUCCCCGCGCCCAUCCUUGCUGCCGUUCAAACAAAGAACACAACUACAGGCUGAAUCUUGCUUCUCGUUGCCGGUGGAUCCAUCGUCGACCAGCAUCGUGGUUUACAAUUCUGAGUUUGUCUCAUGGUGGUGGUGGUUAACACUGGCCAUGUCAGAUUGCAUGAACGUCGAGACUGGCAUGGCUGGAUGAGCAGCAGCUGCAUAUUUAAUGGAAUGGUCAAGACUGUUGAAGAACGAUUCAAAGCUUCUGUUGAGGACCGAAGAGAACACUUGGAAUCCCUCCUGCGUGAGUGCACGAAAGAGGACGCAGGAUUUUAAGAUGCCCAAGAAAGCUCGUUUCAAGAAAAACGCAAGAGUGUCGCCACCACGUCAGCAGCCUACAGCUGCACCUCCUGUGUCUCCACCAUCCGAUGACGAUGACUGGCUCAUCCCUCCACCCCCCAGUAAUGGUGGUGUCUCCAGUGGGGCUAUUCUGCAACCCUUUCGUCCACCCAGGAGCGAACCAAGACCUGGGACACAUGCCGCUAGCGGUUCACAAGUGACGGAACCGUGCAAUGAAGACAUUGACCGGGAGGCGCAAGAGGUAGAUUCGUCUGAGGAACAAAUUGAAAGGAUUCUAGAGAAUUCUGAUGCUGAAAAGCGCAAAGGACGAAAGACCACUGAGUUUUGGAAUGUUGAUCUCAUUGAUUCUGAAGGAAUUGUCAAGCCAGCUAAAAUGAGUGUGAGAGAGGCUAUGGAGCGGUCUCUUAAUGGUAGCAAGAUCAUACUGAUGUUCAAUGAAGAACUGCAAGCAGUCGGAGAUGGAGCUGGCCUGUUGAGUGGCAUUCUAGGAGCACUGGGUUCUGAUUACAGCAAAUUUUCUAUCUGUGAAAAGAGUUGGGCAAAGGUCCGGGGCAAAGAUAGAGUUUAUGAUGAUUGCAUAAAGGAUAGCAAUGGAAUAAUCAAGAAAACACUUUUACAGCAAAUGGGAAAGUCCUGGAAGGACACAAGGGGGAGGCUGUAUAACUCGCAUUACAAACCAUUAUGGACACUUGAGCAGAAUCUUGAGAAGCGCCCGGAGGGAAUUCCUAGAGAGCACUGGAGGUGGUUCAUUGACUAUCGUAAUGAUCCUGGAACAAAGGCGAAGUGCAAGCAAAACAGGCUGAAUCGAAAGAAGCAACUUUACACGCACACUGGCGGUUCUAAAAGCUUGGCUAGGGCAAGAGAAGAAGAGUUUGUAUUGUCACAGUCAGAAAAGCAAGGGAGGAAAGUUGGUAGAGGAGAAAUAUUUAUCCUAAAGCACAAAAGAUCUGAUGGAAGUUAUAUACAUGAAGAAGCUCGGAAGAUUGGUGAAAAAAUACAUGAGAUUGAGCAUCUGGAUGAAUCUACAAGAUUAUUGUCACAAAAUGAUUCCCUUGCCCAAGCUCUCGGUAAAGAGCACCCGGGUAGAGUGCGUGGGAUAGGACACGGGCCGACACCAAGUCAACUCUUCCGUCCGAAUUCGCAGCCGCCUAUGGAUAGAGCUCAAGUAGAAGAGACCCAAAGGAUGCUGUGUGAACUACAAGCGGAGGUGACAACGGCAGAAUUGAAGCAAAAAGCAAUGGAGGAUGAAUUAGCAGCUGAGAAAACGAAGAGGCAGGCAAUAGAGAGUGUGCUGAGUUAUCUGGUCCAACAGCAUUGUGGGGAGCUGCCUCCGGACAUCGCUGCACGGAUGAAUUGUUUGGACGGACAUGGCAGAAAAUAGAGAUUAGGCUUUAUGUGAUACUCUGUCUUUCAGUAUAUGUUUAGUUUAUGUUAAGUAUGCAGCAUUAAUUAUUAGCCAAGAACUUUACCUUUUUGGGUGACUAUUAAAAUACUCUAUUGAGAUUAUUAAAAUAUAUAUGUUAAUUUGCUUCGCAGUUAAAUAUUCAUGAGCUAUAUUUCCA